AUGCUCAUCUUGUUGUUGCUUCUCAGCUUGACAUUGUUUGGUUAUAGAUACUAUAUCAAGAUGCUCGAACUGAAUCGCCCCACCUAUACAAUGGAGACACUGCCACCCUUUGAACAAGAGAUAAUGUCAGAGACAGAAGCAUUCGAAUUCAUGUCGUCUUCAUACUUUAAGAGUCAUAAGCGCAGACUCGCUGUAUCAAUGCCCUUCCCCGUCUUUCAAACAGAACGCACGCUAGACGCGCUGCGGCUCUGGGAUGAGACGGGUCGCAAGCCGUGCAUUCCUGACAGCCUGUUGGUGCCAGAAGACUUUCUGCCCGAUCUACUCAUGUACACCAACCGCGAUGGACCAAACGAGGAGCUGGAGAGCGCCGUCACAGAGGUAUUCUCAAAGAGCUCAUACCAAAAGUGCUUUGGCAAGCUCGUCUUUGUAUAUGCCGAUCUCACGCCGGAGCUCGAUGCCUACCCCAAUGGGCCGGGCGCACAGUUUGGAAAGUUCUUCACAUUGGAUAUCGUCAAUGAUUACGACUAUGUGCUUCAAGUGGAGCCAGACGUCGUACCCAUCAGAAGCAAGUGGGUGGACGAGUUUGUCCGCAUUACAUAUAUGACCGAGAUGACCAACCGCAGGCCAUUCAUGGCCGUUGGAAGCACAUACCGUCCACGCGACGACAGGUACAUGGACUUUCUGGAAAAGAUACACGUCAAUGGCAAUGCAAUUUGGUCGACGAGCGAACGUUUCCGACUGUUCCUGCGGAGGGUUGAGAAGGAGUACAACGGACUGCGAUUCUACGAUUGGCAGAUAUUCAAAUUCCUCUAUGACAUGAGACACUGGAACAUCAACGAGGCACAUUAUGGAGAGUUUAUGUUCUCUGACUAUAUCCAAAACUUCUCGUGGUGGCCUUAUGAUGAAGAGGAGAUCAGAGUAAACUACCCAAGGACAUACUUGAUUCAUGGUAAUAAACAUACUCUUUAA